UUAAAUUAAUCGAUCCAGAAUUGAAGAAGUUCAAACAAAAACCAAUUGACAAAUGAUGACAGGGAUCGUAAUUAGAUUAGAUUACAUGAUAAUUAAUACCAAAUACGUAAUAAUUAUAUUAGAAGCGAGCACUACAUAUUAUACAAAGAUUCAAAUAAAAACUUCAAUUCGUACUAAUUAUAAUGAGAAAGUAAGCCUAGCCAUUAAUUAAAUAAUUAAUGGAUUCAAAUAAAAACAGAUGAGAGUGACUGAUAUCUGAAUUGAAGUAAAGAGACAUUUUCUGGGCUCUGAUCCACAUAAUAUGUCUGUUUGUCCCCCUGAAACAGAUCAAAGGCAUGCAUGCAUGUCAUAUUCUAUAGUCCUAUAUAUAUAUGUUGCUACCUACUUAGGGUUUACGCCUGUCUGCUUGGUCAAAUAUAUAUGGGUUCCGGCCGACCGUGAAUUCAAGAUCCCCGGCCGCCGGUCAGAGCCACAGAGCCCCGGCUUCCUUGAGCAGAGGGACGAGUGUGCCGUUGAUGUGGCAAGCCAUGACCGUCUCGAUCCCGCCCAAGAACUUCCCGCCGACGAACACCGCCGGGACGGCCUGCUGCUGGCCGGAGCCGGCGAGCUUGAGGAGGAGGGCGUAGAUUUCGCGCCCGUCGGCGUCGCGGUCGAGCUCCACGAUGGUGGGGCCGACCCCGAGGCCGAAGAGGAGCUGCUUGACGACGUGGCACAUGCAGCAGCCGCUGAGCGUGAAGAUGACCACCGCGUUGCUGGACGCGAGGAGCCGGACUCGCUCGUAGGUCGACUGCAGCAUCCUCAUCCCCUGCCGGCCGUCUCCGCCGCCGGCGUCCACUCCGACUGAUUCUUUCACGACCUGCAUUGUUAUAUAUCGAUGGAUCUUCAGUAUGUAGUUCCGAUCCCGGCCAAUCUGGGUUGCUAGCUGCCGAUGAACUCGAUCAAGACGAUCAAGAUGAUGAUGAUGAUAUAAUUUAACUUUGUAUUAUGGGGACAUGCAUAAACGUAACGUAACACUCUACUGGCCUGCUGCUAUCUUUCUCUUUACUUUCUCUCUCUCUAAAUGUGGGUUUGGAU